GCCUCGAGUUGGAUGGUAACUGCCUUCAAGUUCUCGUGGAUCCUUGGGACCUCGGGCACGAGUGCGCCUUCCAAAAGGUGCUGCGGCAAGCUGUCCGUAGCCUCAUGGACAACCUCCAUCUGCGUAGCGGCGUUCAGCAGAUGCUCGUGCGUUGGUGCGAGGACGGGUUCCACGAGCCUGACGAAGAAGAGCUGGCAGAGGUCGGCCUGAGCCAGGAGAAGUGGGAAAAGAUCCUGGAGGAGCAUCCGAAGGGCCUCAACUACAACCUCUCGGUUGGAAAUCUGAAGUCUUCACUGGAAGAGCUGCAGCAGACAGGUCUAACCUCCAAGCAGCUCGGGCGGAUCAUCGCUGUGCGGCCACAAAUCCUGGGUCUCAAUCAAAGCAGCGAUCUCGAAUCGCUGGUCUCCGAGCUCCGAGAGCUUGGUCUCAGUCAAGACCAGGUGGCCAGCACCAUCGAAAAGUGGCCCUCGGGCAAGAAUCUCGCAUCGGCUUUCUCAGUCAAGCCGUACCAGGAGUUCCUUUCCGCCGUUGGCCUCAGCCAGGAGGAGGUUAGGAAAGUGUUGGCCUCGCACCCGCGUUUGCUCACGUUGAAUAUCAACGAGAAGAUGCAGCCGACAGUCGAUUUCUUCCGGGAGCAGGGUGUAGAUCAAUCCAACAUCGUGCGCAUGAUCAGCCGCUUCCCUCGGAUCUUCGACUACAACCUCGCGGCGAGCAUGAAACCCUGGGCAGCCGGCCUUCAUGAAGCAGGUCUCAGCGCCGCGCAGAUCACCAAAGUCUUUGUGAGCUACCCGACGGUCUUCAGCUACAACUGCGAAGUCACCUUGCCGCCCAAAAUCGCAACCUUUGCAGAGCUGGGCAUGAGCCCCGAGGACGUGGGAAAGCUCGUGGCUGGCUAUCCCCGCAUUCUGGGAAUCAGCUCCCAGAGGAUCCAAUCUUUCGUGGACUGGUGUCAGGAAGUAGGCCUCGAUGAUGAUGAGACGGUCCGACUGAUUCGAGCUGCUCCCUCCGCCCUAGGCCUCCGGGAUGAGCGGCUUGACGAGACUGUACGAUGCAUCUGCAAGGCUGGCUGCAACCGGACCCAAGCCGUUCGCGUGAUCGCACAGAGUCCUUCGGUCCUAACCCUCGGCGUGAAGAACGUGGAUCUGAAGCUAAAGCUUCUUCGGCGCUACUUCUCCAGAGAGGACGUGGCAAGCUUCCUGUCGCGCAAGGCUAAAACCCUCACUUUUGCCUACGACCGGCUGGUACAUAGACUAGGUCUGAUCAAGCAAGCCGACCGACUUCAGCAGGCCCCCUACCUGUUGAGCGCGACUGAUCCGCAAUUCAACAGGUGGGGUUCGAAGCAGGCUUCCAUAGCUUUUAACAAAUAA